ACCAGCCCAUCAAAAAACCAAAUUCAUAGCAUCAAAAUGCACGGCCUUGUUGUAGCGAAUACGGUGGUGGCUGCGACGGCUUGUUCGGUGUGGGAUAUCUAUGGCAGCCUUCAAGUUGUCACAAUUAUAAAUACAUUUCUGCCAGAUGUACUUGGAACAGUAAAAGUCCUUGAAGGUGAUGGACAAGUUGGCACACUUCUAAACGUUACAUUUCCACCAGGAACUCCUGGAGUUGGUUAUAUGAAGGAAAAAAUUACAAAGGUUAAUUAUAAGAAGCGUGUGAAGGAAACACAAACCAUUGAAGGAGGAUUUUUAGCAUUGGGCUUCAAACGCUAUAUAACUCAAUACAAAAUUAUUGAGAAUAAUUUUACAUCAAGUAUUAUAAGGUCAACAAUAAAGUAUGAGGUUGAUGAUAAAUUAUCAAACCUUGCUUCUAUAGUGAACACCAAGCUAGUUGAAACACUUGCAGAAACCGUUGGGAAGUACUUGACGGAGAAGAAAGCUCCUCCUUAG